AUGAAAUGAUGAUGGGUUGAAUGGGAAGUGAUGAAUCAUCUGCUUGCAAUUCCUUUGCUGAUUCUGUGCUUCUUUAUCAUUCACUUCCAGUCGCUUGAUGUUUCUCUUAGCCCAUAUGUGAAGCUGUAGAAGAUACUGCCCAGCGUGUUGCCAUCUUGGCAUCUAUUUGUUUAUUCUAACUGGACUGAUUUUGGGUUUUUAUGGUGACAGAAUGGCGAUCACACAGUAGUUAAGACCCAAAAUCAGUCCAAUGAACAUAGAUCUAUAGGUUAAAUAUUUGCUUAGAUGAUUAAUUUAGCUUGUGGGACGAAUUCAGAUGCCUAUGAAGUCUUGCAUUUCUUGGUUAACUACAAAAGGGAGCAGUAAUCAGCCUUGCUUAUUUGUGCCUACGAUGUAUAGGAUCUACAUUGCAUACAGUAGUCUUGGAAUUGUACUCGUGAAAAAUAAAUUGCUCUAUACUCUUUUCUUAAUUCGUGGAAGCUGUCUUGUUUUCUGAAGUCUCAUGGAGUGAUGCCCGGAAUGUUUGUUUCUGGAGUAGGUGAAGUACCUCCAGGCUACAGGGGCGUAAAGGUAUCAAAUGAAUGGCCAGUUAAAGUUGAGUAACAAAUCUGACCAAAAUUUGCCGGAUUAAUAUUUUGAAAUUAAUUUGAGUUAAAGUGCCAAUAUCUUGCAUUGGCAUUCGACUAUGAAGUGCAAAGUAUAGACAUUAAUGUCCCAGCUCUGCUAUGGUAAUGCCAGUUGGGAGACAUCUAGUGAGUCCUAUCUUUAUUUAAAGCUGUGUUGUAUGUUUUGCAUAUACUGAGGUUAGUGGCAGCGACAGAUCGUAGAUUGACAUAUUUUGCGCGUGUGCAAACGUGUAUUUUGAUUUUGAAAAACACUGUAUUCUAACGAAUGAAUGACAGAGUCCGCCACUAGGAUAUCAACUCAAUUAUCAGAAUUGAAUCUAGAAACUGGAGUCAAAAUGCCAUAUCAUCUCACCUUCAGGUUGGUGUUAGGUGGUGGAUGCUGAUGGAUCAAGCUCAUCGUUACCACAAACUUUGGUGGGAAUCGAAGACGGAUAUAGGGACGAGGCCCUCCAAUUAUUAGUCUUUAUUGAAGGGAAGAAAGGUGGCCAACAUGAUUAACUUUUGUCUUCCACUGCUUGUACAAAACUACAUGCAACUUAGUAAGUGUAAGAAGCUGAGAAAUGGAACCAUGAAAAAACUUUGGGCAUAUAAAAAAUAAUUAUGAUACAAACCUACAGCUUGAACGACAGAUAGCGUGCUUUCUACUUCGAUUAUCGAAGCCAAUUUGUUGUAACAUUACGACGCAAUGUUAGGCUCUUUUCCAUAACAUAGGACGUUCAAGAAUGAUAGACACUUUCAUGAAAAAACUUUGGGCAUAUAAAAAAUAAUUAUGAUACAAACCUACAGCUUGAACGACAGAUAGCGUGCUUUCUACUUCGAUUAUCGAAGCCAAUUUGUUGUAACAUUACGACGCAAUGUUAGGCUCUUUUCCAUAACAUAGGACGUUCAAGAAUGAUAGACACUUUCUCAAAACCGAAAUUUGAGUUGGACUCUGGCCGCUUCUUUUUAUUAUAGUAUCUUUUUGAUUUGCAACUCUAAAACUGACUUCAGACCUUUUUUUUUUUUUUCAUUAGUCGUGGUGUUCAGGUCCACCCGCGGGUACUUCGGCUAACUCCACGUGAUUUUGGUACCUCAAACAAAUACAAGUACCGGAUAACUUUGUCCGCCAACACCUGUCUGAUGUGGAGAAAUCAAUCAGUAUUUUUGCCUCCACUGAAAUUUGAACUUGAGAUCUCAUAGUUGUCAACUCAUGGCAUUGAUCACUAGGCCAUACCCUUGGGGUGCGUAUUCAGACUGCUCUUUUUGCUAAUAUAUUUAAUGUUAAAAGUAUCUCAACACCUCAAACGUGGUACGUAGAACUAAGGAAACAGUCUUGGGUAAAUUGGUAGUCUCCUUCCAGGAACACAUCCCUAUCCAAACUGUGAAAUUCGUAUUCCUCAGUACCAACCUCAUCCAAUAAUGAUUUUUGGACUAUAUUAUUAUGAAUUGAACCAUCAGGAAGAUGAAUGACUAAUACUGUGGGGUGCAGCAAGCUGGAGAAUAGACGAUACGGAUGAAGAUGACAACCUAAAAUAGAAGCAAAAGAGGACCACGAUAAGUGUUAUUUUAGCAUGUAAGAUCAGAGUUAAUUAGAAGGAAAACCAAACUGGGGACUUACCAAUGGCAGAAACUGAAUCAAAUUUGAAGGCUUCAACAACAUAUGCGUUUGCUGUAAUUGGUUUUCUAGUUCUAUAUUCCGUUAUCUUCGUGUCUGCAGAGCAGACUCCACAUGGAAUUGCUCUGAGUAACAACGGAACAACUCAUGACUUUGAAUCAAGUAACUUGUUCAACCUAUUCAAUCUUCUGCUGCAAAAGGCUGAAAUGCAUUACCGCCAUGUUUGGCCAGAACUGCAAUUGGGAUGGAGAGUUAUUGUUGGUUCAAUAAUUGGAUUCCUUGCUGCUGCUUUAGGGAGUGUAGGAGGAGUAGGGGGAGGUGGUAUCUUUGUUCCCAUGCUUACUUUAAUCAUUGGAUUUGAUCCAAAAACAUCCACUGCAAUAUCGAAAUGUAUGAUCACUGGUGCAGCGGGUGCAACUGUCUACUACAACAUAAAGCAGCGGCAUCCAACAAUGGACAUGCCCGUUAUUGAUUACGAUCUAGCUCUUCUUUUCCAACCCAUGCUGUUGCUGGGUGUCAGUGUGGGAGUUGUUCUCAACGUACUUUUUUCGGAGUGGAUGGUUACGGUCAUAUUGAUCAUUCUUUUUAUAGUCUCAUCAACUAAGGCAAUUUUCAAGGGUGUCGAGACGUGGAAAAGAGAAACCAUAAUAAAGAAGGAAGCUGCUGGACACUUGGCAUCUGACGGUGCUGCUGGUGAAGAAAUUGCAUACAAACUUCUACCUGAAGGUCCAAAUAAUGGUUCUACAGUUAAAAAAGAGGACAAUAAGGCACCAGAGUUUCCAAUUGCUGACAAUGUAUCCUGGAAGGACAUGAGCGCACUUAUUGCUCUCUGGGUCUUUAUCCUGGUUCUGCAUAUUUCUAAGAAUUAUACAUUAACUUGUUCAGUGGCAUAUUGGAUCUUAAACCUCUUGCAGGUCCUUGUUGCUGUAGGAGCUUCUGCAUAUCAAGCAGUUCACUUGUACAAUGGAUCAAGAGUGAUCAUGUCAAGCAGAGAAGUAAUAAGCUGGAAAGUGCAUCAGUUAAGUCUUUGCUGUUUCUGUGGCAUUUUGGCCGGUGUAGUUGGUGGACUGCUUGGGCUUGGUGGAGGAUUCGUUUUGGGACCUUUGCUUCUAGAGCUAGGCAUUCCUCCCCAGGUAUCAAGUGCCACUGCCACCUUUGCAAUGACAUUUUCCUCCUCCAUGUCCGUGAUACAAUAUUACCUACUAAAACGCUUUCCAAUACCAUAUGCGCUGUAUUUUGUUGCUGUAGCCACUAUUGCCGCCUUUGUUGGACAGAACGUUGUUAGGAAAAUUAUUAGCAUUGCGGGAAGAGCAUCUGUCAUUAUUUUUGUAUUGGCCUUCACUAUCUUUGUGGGGUUGGCAUAAUAGACACGAUAAAAAAGGUCGAGCAAGGGCAGCAUAUAGGUUUUGAUAACAUUUGUGCAUACCAUUCUUAAGCAAAGCACUCAUGUUCUCCUUGGCAAUUUCUGUACUGGUAUUAUCAGAUAUCAAGUUUGGGUCAAUUCACAUAUUGUAUCUGUUGACUAUGCAUAACAUUUGAUAGUCCACUGUGUUCUGGUUUCAAGCU